UGGGACAUUAUUACUCUUGAACCAAACCAGGCUACAAUGGCGCUUAAAUUAGUGUUAAUUCUAGCGUGCUUUACUAUUGCUGCCGCUCAACCCAUGAAGAAAAAAGGUCUGCCUGGGUACGAGUUAUUUGAAGGUGACAUGAUGUUCACCAAGGAAGAAAUCGACGCCGCGCAAAARGGACUGGAUCCUAUGACUCCUGAUGGUGCGCGUGGUCUUAUCAAGAAUCGCCGCUGGCCAAAUGGAGUUGUACCUUAUGUCCUGGAUAAAAGUGUUAAAAAUAAAUUCCUGAAUGCCAUUGGUAUCAAGGGACCGAGUGAACGUGCAAUUUAUAGCGCGAUAAAGGAAUGGGAACAAAAAACGUGCAUCAGAUUCGUACCCAGGACCUCCGAGAAGGACUACAUAGAGUUCUUUGAUGGUUCAGGUUGUUGGUCAUACGUGGGAAGACUGGGAAAAGGCAAACAGCAGAUUUCAAUUGAUGGGAUGGGCUGCUUCACGCAUGGCAUUGUGGUACACGAGAUUGGACAUGCACUAGGGUUCCAACACGAGCAAAGCCGUCCAGACAGAGACAAUUACGUCGAGAUCAUCUGGGAUAACAUUAAAGAAAAGAGCAAGCACAAUUUCAAGAAAUACAGCCACGGGUAUAUUGAUAGUCUAGGUGUACCAUAUGACUAUGGGUCCAUUAUGCACUAUGGAAAAAGGGACUUCGCUAAAUGGCCCUGGCAGACUACCAUCAAAGUAAAGAAAGCAGGCGCUUCUAUUGGUCAGCGGUCUCACCUAAGCCCCCUCGAUGUCAAACAAAUGAACCUGUUUUACAACUGUCAAUCAAAACRCUAAAARAUGAWAACAAAUAACAAUAACCUGUCAAUCAAAAUGAUGAGUAACAAUAACAAAUAA